AUGCCUGGGCGCAGCGACAUGGAGCCGCCGGCCGCUUUCUCGGGCUUCCCGGCCCCGCCCUCGGUCGCGCCGUCGGGGCCGCCGCCGUCGCCGCUUGCCGGAGCCGAGCCCGGGCCGGAGCCCGAGGAGGCGGCCGCGGGCCGCGGGGAGCCGGAACCUGCGCCGGCGCCGGGCCCGGGCCGCCGGCGCCGGCGGCCCUUGCAGCGCGGGAAGCCGCCCUACUCGUACAUCGCGCUCAUCGCCAUGGCGCUGGCUCACGCCCCCGGCCGCCGCCUCACGCUGGCCGCCAUCUACCGUUUCAUCACCGAGCGCUUCGCCUUCUACCGCGACAGCCCGCGCAAGUGGCAGAACAGCAUCCGCCACAACCUCACGCUCAACGACUGCUUCGUCAAGGUGCCCCGCGAGCCGGGCAACCCGGGCAAGGGCAACUACUGGACGCUCGAUCCGGCGGCCGCCGACAUGUUCGACAACGGCAGCUUCCUGCGGCGCCGCAAGCGCUUCAAGCGCGCCGAGCUGCCCGCGCUCCCUGCCGUGCCGCCCGCGCCCGCCGCCGGCCCGCCGCCCUUCCCCUACGCGCCCUACGCGCCCGGCCCCGCGCUGCUCGCGCCGCCUCCUCCCGCCGCUCCGGGCUCCACGCCGCCCGCGCGCCUCUUCAGCGUCGACAGCCUGGUGAGCCUGCCGCCCGAGCUGGCGGGGCUGGGGGGCCCCGAGCCGCCCUGCUGCGCUGCGCCCGACGCCGCCUUCCCGCCCUGCGCGGCAGCCGCCUCCCCGCCACUCUACUCGCCGCCGCCCGAACGCCUGGGGCUGCCCGCGACGCGUCCUGGCCCCGGACCGCUGCCCGUCGAGCCGCUGCUGGCCUUGGCAGGGCCGGCGGCCGCGCUCGGCCCGCUCGGCCCGGGGGAGGCCUACCUGCGGCCGCCGGGCUACGCGCCGGGGCUGGAGCGCUACCUGUGAGCCCUUCCAGCCCGGCGGAGUGGCUCGGGCCCCUCUCCCCCGGGACGGGGCGCUGCCUGGGAGCCCCCGUCUCUGCCCCCUUGGCUUGGAGCGCACCUCGGAGCUCCCAGCUCUGAUUGAUGGACUGAGCACACCUGUUGCAUCCGUCUCUGCCCCCCAUCUCUGGGGAGCCUCCCGCCGUCUCUCCACCGGACUGAACCCCCCUCCCCACCGCGAACUGUGAGGCCCCCGUUUCUUCUCCCUCCACUGUGCACGCCCCCCACCCGCCAGCGCUCUUUUGGGUCCCACGUCUGGGGACCCUGGAUCACCACCUGUGAGCCCUCACCUCGGGUUUCUGGUGAACUCCAAGCCUUCUGAAGCCAGACCUCCGAUCUCAAGCCACUUCCCGACUGGCUCCUCAUUUCUUUAACCUUCCCUGGUGUUUUUAUAAGACAAGGAGUCAAACCCAGGUCAGACUGGGUUUA